CCGUGGCAUUUCUUCUUGUCUUCUCUCCUUUAUCUCCACUUUGAGCUUCAUUUUUCUUUUGCUGACUCUAUAUAGUACGACAUUACACUACACACUGAAGUGACGGACGAAGGCCGUGUCAAUGCUCAUAUCAACUACUGGUCGUCGUCCAUCUCCGAUUGGCAGGCCAGCCAGAUCGCGCACACAUUCGACGCCGUCCUGCAGAGCAUGGCCUGCAACGUUGAGCAGUCCGUGGGCGACAUCAACCUGUUCAACACACCGCAAUGGACACAGUUGGCUGACUGGGGAUACAAUCGCGCACUGCCAUCCGUGACUGACAGCUGCGUGCAUGAACUAUUCUCGAACCAGGCGCGGGCUACCCCCAAUGCACCUGCCAUCUGCGCCUGGGAUGGUCAGCUCUCCUACAAGGAUGUCGACGAACUCACCGAUCGUCUCGCCGCCAUGCUCGCUAGGCGGGGUAUUGAAAGGGGAUCCUUUGUGCCACUCUGCUUUGAAAAGAGCAUGUGGACUCCGAUAGCAAUGCUGGCAGUCCUGAAAGCCGGUGGCACAUGUGUUUCUAUGGAUCCCUCCCACCCUGCCAGUCGCCACGCCCUGCUAAUCGCGGACACCGGGGCCAAGCUGGUCCUGACCUCGGAGGCGCAAUUGGCACCACACUCUGCCGGUGCGGUGAAUGCAGUCAGUAUUGGCCCCAAGGCCGUUGCAGGGCUGGGUCCUCAGACAAAUCAGCCUUGGCCUGGCCAGCGUGCAGCCCCUGAAACUCCAGCAUUUGUGGUGUACACCUCUGGAAGUACAGGCACGCCUAAGGGAGUCGUGUUGCCACACCGAACUGUUUGCACCAGCAUGAACGCCCAUGGCACUGCGUUGCAGAUCGGCCCAGGCUCCCGCGUGCUGCAAUUCGCCUCGCAUGUGUUUGAUAUCAGCCUUCAAGACAUGUUCUCCACGCUGACGAGAGGAGCCUGCGUGUGCAUUCCAUCCGACCACGACCGCCUGAAUGACCUGGCCGGGGCGAUCAAUACCCUCAACGUCAACUGGGCCUGUAUCACCCCGACAGUGGCUGGGAUUCUUGACCCAGAGACUGUUCCUACCUUGACCAACCUCACGCUGGCGGGCGAGGCUGUGACCCAGCAGGUCGUUGACCGAUGGGCUGGCUCGCCACAUCUCCAGGGCUUCAACAACUGCUACGGGCCCGCGGAAUGCACCAUCUACUGUUCCUGGAAUGGCUCAGUAGGCCAACCAGGAAUGAGUCCAGCAAACAUUGGGCGCGGGCUCGCAAGCAAACUAUGGCUCGUCGACGAGGCCAACCACAACCAACUCGCCCCUCUUGGAGCUGUCGGCGAACUGGUCGUGGAAGGGCCUCUUGUGGCGCAAGGCUAUCUCCACGUCGACAGCGACGCCUUCAUCAUGGAUCCCGCCUGGGCCCCGACGGGCGAUCGUCGCAUGUACAAGACCGGGGACCUGGCCCGAUUCAACCCCGACGGAACCCUCGAUUAUCUCGGGCGCAAGGAUGCGCAGGUCAAGCUGCACGGCCAGCGCCUUGAGCUGGGCGAGAUCGAGCAUCAUAUUGCCCGGGUCAGCUCCGUCCAGAGCGCAAUGGUCCUACUGGCCCGUCAAGGACUGAGCCGUGGCAGGCUUGUUGCGGUCUUGUGUCUCGAGCACUACGCCUCCCCCACUGCCGGGGACGAGGCUGUCCAGCUUGUUGGGCAGGCCCAUCGCGAAGGGGUCUGCGCGCAGAUCACCGCGCUGCGUGACUCCCUCGCCGCCGUGCUCCCUUCGUACAUGGUGCCCUCGUUGUGGAUUCCGGCACCGCAGCUGCCCGUCAACAGUUCGCUCAAGAUUGACCGCGCAUCGAUUGCUCGUUGGGUCGACGCCAUUGAUGACGAUAUCCUGUCAUCCAUCACCAGACUCACAGAGCCCGAAGAGCCCACAGAGAUCCUCCCCGCGCAGAGCACCAGCCAAGUCAUGCGCGAUGUGGUUGCCCGCGUCCUCAACCUCGAGCCCGAGGAGGUCAACUUCAAUCGGUCCUUCAUCUCUCUCGGUGGCGAUUCGAUCAGCGCCAUGCAGACCGUGAGCGAGGCCCGCGACCACGGGAUGCAGGUGCGCGUGCACGAUAUCCUCAAGAGCCGAAGCCUCACGCAGUUGCUCGACAGGGUGAAGGUCGAAGAGACCGCGGAUGUGGGCGCGGCACUGCUGGACGAUCCGGUCGAUGUCCCCUUUGCUCUGUCACCAGUUCAACAGCUCUACUUUGAGGUUUCAUCGCAGCAGCCUACGCGGUUCCACCAGAGCUUCACCCUACGUCUGUCGUCGGCGAUCAGCCCUGAGCGUGUCCCUGUCGCAUUAGAGGAGCUCGUUGCGCGUCAUACGAUGCUCCGCGCGCGCUUCCGUCAGAAGGGCAAUGCCUGGACACAGUCUGUAGCUUCGCUGACGCCUGCAUCGUUCUAUCUGGAGCGCUGCACUGUCAGUCGGCGCGAAGAGAUUGCUCCUAAGAUGGCCGCCGCCCAGCAGGCCAUUGACAUCGUCAGCGGACCAGUCUUUGCGGCUGUCCUGCUUGCCAGCCCCGAGGCAAACCUCCUCUUUAUGACGGCCCACCAUCUGGUCAUGGACAUGGUCUCAUGGCGAGUCAUUAUUCAGGAGCUCGAAGCACGACUGCAGAGCUCUGGCACUGCUCCACCUACGCUGGACGGGCCCCUGACCCCGUAUCAAGCCUGGAGCCGCAUGCAAAGCGAUCGUGCCCUGGCCAUUGAGCCCCGGAAAGCCCUGCCCUUCCGAGUGCCCCCGACGCAGCCCCGAUUCUGGGCCUUACAGGCCACUGGCAAUGUCUACGCUGACGUUGCCCAGCGUACCUUUGCCUUGGACGAGAGUACAACAAGCCACCUCCUGGGUGACUGCAACAGUCUCUUCAGAACGGAGCCAGUCGACCUGUUUAUCGCCGCGGUACUGCACUCCUUUGGCCAGACCUUCCCAGAGCGACCGCUGCCGGCUGUCUUCAAUGAAGGACACGGGCGCGAGCCGUGGGACGACGAGGCCCUGGAUUUGUCUCGCACCGUAGGUUGGUUCACCACCUUGCUUCCCCUCCUCGUUUCCGACGCACUGUCUGGGGUGGGCAGCAUCGCUGCCCAGGUCAGCAAACUGCGGUCUCAACUGGCCAACGGCCGUGACUAUUUCGCCUCGCGCUUCCUUAGUCCUGUUGGACGGCAAUCGUUCCGCAGCCACACUCCGAUCGAAGUCCUGUUCAACUACCUGGGCCAGUACCAGCAGCUUGAGCGAGCCGAGGGUGCCUUCCAGCUGGAGAGCACUGCCGACCUGGACCAGACGCUCACGUCCGACAUUGGGCCCCAGACCCCGCGUCUGGCGCUGUUUGACAUCUCUGUGCUGGUAAUGCAGGGCCAGGCGCGUGUCACGCUGGCAUACAACAAGAAGAUGAAGCACCUCGACCGCAUCGAGAAGUGGGCGUCGACACUGGAGGCCACCCUGACGGAGAUUGCCGUGCAAUUCCCCGCAAUGGACCUGCAGCGUGUCCUGACCAGCUUCCCCCUGCUGCCGACACUGACGGCCGACGAGCUGAAGGGCCUGCGUGGAGAACUCCAAUCCCUUGGCUUUGACCUAGAUCAGGUGGAGGAUAUGUACCCGUGCUCGCCCGCCCAGCAAGGUCUGCUCCUGAGUCAACAAAAAGCAACCGGUGUGUACGAGAUCGCCUUCAGGUUUGCCGUUCGUGCAAGGGGUGGUCUUUUGGUAGAUCCAACGAAGCUCGAGCAUGCAUGGCAUCAGGUUGUCGCCCGUCAUGCUGCUCUCCGGACCAUCUUCCUGGAACGCGGCCAUUUGGACGAGGGAGGCUUGCACACGCAGGUUGUGCUGCGCGAGACCGAUCUUCCAGUGGCGCAGCUGUCGUGUCCCGAUGGCGAGGAGGUCGCAACCCUCGCCGCGGCCGUUGAUCAAGAGCCCGUCGUGUCCAAGCACCUGCCUCGUUUCACCCUCUGCCAGAAUUCCGGGGGAGGCGUGUUCUGCCAGCUCGAGGCAAACCACGCCCUCAUUGAUGCAGCAUCGAUCUCGCUGAUUGUGCGUGACCUGAGCCUGGCGUACCAGGAUCAGCUUCCCGAUGAGCCAGGCCCGCUCUACAGCAGCUACAUUGAGUAUCUCCAGUCCGUCGACCAAGACGCUGCUCUGGAAUUCUGGCAGACCAGCCUUGCAGACGUGGAGCCGUGCCUCUUCCCGGCCCUUGACAAGUAUGACGAGGGUUUCCACGCCGACCCUGACGAGCUGCGCGCCACCAAGGCCGAUUUCAGCCCGCUCGCCGGCCAUCUGCACGCCUUCUGCCGCGAUAACGGGGUCACCCUGUCGAGCGUCUUCCAGAUGGUCUGGGCGAUCGUCCUCCGAAGCUAUACCGCCUCGGACGACGUGUGCUUUGGGUUCCUGGCUGCUGGACGAGACAUUCCCGUGCCUGGCAUCGCCGAGUGCAUUGGGCCGUUUAUCAAUAUCCUCGUUUCUCGCUUGACCACCACCCCGGGAGACUCCCUGCUCGACCUGGCACUGCGCAUGCAGGACUUUUACACCAGCAGCCUGGUCCACCAGCACUGUUCGCUGGCCGAGAUCCAGCACAGCCUGCCCUUGCGGCACGACUCGCUGUUCAAUACCCUGAUGUCGAUCCGGCGUGGCUCGGCCUCGUCGGCGUCUGCUCAGGUACAGACCCAGGCCCAGGAGCCCGCGAUCGCCUUCGACAGCACCAACUCGCACGACCCCACCGACUACAACAUUGUCGCCAACGUGGUGCUCUCGGAGAGUGAGAUCUCGGUCUCGCUCAGCCACUGGAGGUCCAAGCUGUCGGACUGGCAGGCGGCGAAUAUCCUGGGCACCAUCAAGGCCGCGAUCCUCAGCCUGCUCAAAUCGCCCACGACCCCCCUUGGUCAGGUUUCCCUCUUCAGCCAGCGGGACGAGCAGCUCACACGCAGCUGGCAGCACGCACUGCCACAGCCGGUGCUCAAGUCCAUUCCGGAGCUCUUUGCACAGCAGGUUUCCGCCCAGCCUCGUGCACCGGCGGUUGAUUCCUGGGACGGGCAAUUGACUUAUCAGGAACUGGAUUCGCAAUCCUCGCGACUCGCCCUCUUCUUGACCCACGCCGGUCAUGUCGCGGCCGCGGACAUGGUCCCCGUCUGCUUCGAAAAGUCACAGUGGACGAUCGUGGCGAUGCUGGCCGUCCUGAAGACGGGAGCCACCUGCGUCCCCAUGGAUCCUUCCCAUCCAGACCAUCGCCUGCAGUCCAUUGCCACGCGGGUGCGCGCUGCAACGAUUCUCACAUCGCCCGCCCACCAGCGGCGCUUCACCCAGUCAACCCGCAAGACGAUUGCGGUUGACCAGCAGCUUAUGGAUGGCAUCCCAGACAAUGUGACUCUGACUCGACUGCCGACCAUCUCCCCUUCAGCGCUCGCAUUUGUCAUGUUUACCUCUGGCAGCACAGGAGAGCCCAAAGGAAUCCGCCUGCCGCACACCACCCUUGGGACCAGCAUGCGGGCGCACGGAGCUGCCCUGCUCAUUGGGCCUGGCAAACGAGUCUUCCAGUUUUCUGGGUAUGGAUUCGACCUGAGCCUGCAGGAGAUUUUCACCUCGCUUCUCUUCGGCGCCUGCGUCUGCGUUCCGUCCGAAGAGCAGCGCAUCAAUGAUCUGCCCGCCACCAUGGAGCGCCUGCGCGUCAACUGCGCCACUCUCACACCCACAGUCGUCUCCUUGUUCCGACCUGCGGAUGUCCCAUCCCUCCGGCACCUGGUUCUGGCCGGCGAGGCGCUCCGUCAGGAGACGGUAGAUGUCUGGCGCCCAGAAGCCAGCGGCCUGGCAAGCCUCAACAACUGCUAUGGCCCUGCAGAGUGCACCAUCUACUGCUCGUGGAACGGCAACGUCGGCCGCGAAACCACGCAACGACCAGCGAAUGUCGGCAUUCCGUGGGCGUGCCAUCACUGGGUUAUUGACCCGUCAAACCACGAUGUCCUCGCUCCAGUCGGCUGCAUUGGGGAGCUGCUGGUCGAAGGCCCGAUCGUCUCCGAGGGCUACCUGGACGUGACGCAGAACAACCCGUUCAUCCAAGAUCCGCAAUGGUCGCGGGCCCAGGAUGGUGGCCUGGGCCGGCGCAUGUACAAGACCGGCGACCUGGUGCGUUACAACGAAGACGGGACCCUCGACUACCUGGGGCGCAAGGAUACACAGGUCAAGGUGCAUGGCCAACGCAUUGAGCUGGCUGAAAUUGAGCAGGCCAUCACGGCAUCUACGCCCGAGCUCCGCUCCGCCACCGUCGACUUGGUGUCUGGCAAGCUGGCUGCCUUCUUCUGCUACGGAGAGGGUGAGCAACACACCAAUGGUACUUCUGCCACUGCUCAAGGGCCGCUGCUGCCCGUCACUUCCAGUCUUCGUGCGGUGCUAUCGCGACUGGAAAUGACCCUCAGCACGCUGCUCCCCGUCUACAUGGCCCCUUCUUUCUACAUUCCCAUCCAGACACUCCCUGUCAAUACAUCGGGCAAGACGGACCGCCGACGUCUCAAGGAAUGGACCACCCAGCUCUCCGAGGAGGAGCUUCAGCACUACGCCCUUGCCCAAGUCACCGACAAGGUUCCGCCGACAACAGUGAUGGAGAAGAAGAUCCAGAUCCUCUGGUCAAUCCUCUUGGAAAUGCCUAUCGAAUCGAUUGGAAAGCUCGACAACUUCCUGCGGAUCGGUGGUGACUCGGUCAAUGCCAUGCAGCUCGUCGCAGAGGCUCGCAAUGCACGGAUUUCCCUGACGGUCGCCGACAUCUUCAAGUCUCCGAUCCUCCAGGAUAUGGCGUUGGCAGCCAAAUCACACGAUCCAGAUACCGAAGAGAGUGAGCCAGUGGAGCCCUUCGCUCUGAUUCCAUCAACAGAAUCGGACUCUUUGAUCCGACAAGUUGGAGCACAGUUGACUCUGCCUCUCGACGCCAUUGCAGAUAUAUACCCCUGCGCUCCAAUGCAAGAAGGGUUGAUCGCCCUCUCGGCCAAGCAGACCGAUGCCUAUCUCAACCAGACGGUAUUCCAGCUCCCAUCCACGAUCGAUAUCGCGGCAUUCAAGGCUGCGUGGGAACUUGUCUACCAACAGGCCGAGAUCCUUCGCAGCCGGAUUGUCUACAUCGAGGGGCAAGGCAACCUGCAGGUCGUCUGCAAGGGCGUAAUCGAAUGGGAAACUGCAUCGAGCCUUGCAGGAUACUCGACCGGACCGUGUGACUACGGGACCACUCUUACGCGGUAUGCCAUUGUCCAGGAGGCCGGCAAGGACUACUUCGUCUGGACCGCUCAUCACGCCGUGUACGAUGGAUGGACUACAGCUCUCGUCUUCAACAUGUUGCAGCAAGCUCUCUCCGAUGCACCAGUUACCCCGGUCCGCCCAUACCGCGAGUUCAUCAGCUAUAUAUCUCGAGUUCCUGUGGUCGAACAAGCAGCGUAUUGGGCGACUCUGCUGGAAGGCUCGACACCCAACAGCUUCCCCCCCGCCAUCCGCGGAGAGGCCGGGCAACGCCGUGGGAGACAGAUAGCAGACACAGUGGACGUUUCUCUCGCCAACGACGAUGGGAUUACUCGCGCCAACACCCUCCGCGCCGCCUGGGGGCUUGUCCUCGCCAAGUACUCCAGUUCACGAGAGGCUAUCUUUGGAGUCACUCUGACCGGCCGGAACGCCCCAGUGCACCAAAUCGAUCAAGUCGCCGGACCAACCAUCACCACGAUUCCCGUUCGUGUGGCCUUUGACCCCUCCGAGUCGGUUCGCGACCUGCUCAGCCGCGUGCAGGAGCAGGCGAUCCAAUCCAUUCCGUUCGAACAUACCGGACUACAGCAGAUCCGCUCAAUCAGUCCCGAUGCUCAUGCCGCCUGCGACUUCCGUACCCUGAUGGUGGUGCACCAGGGCUCGGACGAAUUGGCCGAGGACAAGCAGGUUGAUGGACUCACCCGCAUCCGAACAGCCGCCGACAAGGAGUCUUUCCACACGUACAGCACUGUCCUCGAGUGCUCCAUCCGAGGAGACAAGGUGGACCUCUCGGUCAAUUACGACCAGCGCGUCAUUGGGCAAGCCCAGAUGGCCCGCGUGCUGGCGCAUUUUAAGUCGGUUCUCCAUCGCCUACAACGGACUGGGAACCUCGACCAAGCAGUCUCGCGGGUCAAUGCGCUGAGCAAAGACGAUGUGCUCACCAUUGAAGCUUGGAAUGCGGAGCCACCUCGACGAGUGGACCAGUGCGUUCAUCACGCCAUCACCGUUCAGGCAAAGCAGAAGCCUCAAGCCAUCGCCAUCCACGGCUGGGACGGCAAGUUCACCUAUUCCCAGCUGGAUGAGCUGAGCAAUCGUCUCGCUGCCCACCUAGUCAAGCUUGGGGUCUCUGCGGAGCAAAUGGUCCCAAUCUGCAUGGAGAAAUCGGUCUGGGCCACGGUGGCCAUGAUCGCGGUCUGGAAGGCGGGCGGAGCCUAUGUGGCUCUAAGCCCUGAAUACCCGACUGCUCGCCGAGAAGCGAUUAUGAGCCAGCUGGAUGCUCAGGUUCUCGUCGUGUCGCCUGCCACGCGCGCGUCCGCCGGUGUGGAUGCACUACACAUGGUGCAAGUCUCUGCCAGUCUGCUGGAAGAGCUCAAGUAUACCCCGUCCGAAGUCGACCUCGCCAACCGCUGCAGCCCCGAGAACCUUGCCUACAUCAUUUUCACCUCAGGCAGCACGGGUGUCCCCAAGGGUGUGAUGAUCGACCAUGCGGCGGCGAGCUCGAGUAUCGCUGCUCACGGGGCCCGAAUGCACUUCAGUGCUGAGACGAGGGCCCUCCAAUUCGCGCCGUACCACUUCGACGCGUGCAUUGCCGAGAUCUUCACAACGCUCGUGCACGGAGGCUGUGUCUGCGUGCCUUCGGACGACAACCGGAGCCCCGAGAUUGUACAUUUCAUGAAUGAGUACCAGACCAACUGGGCCUUUUUCACGCCGUCUUUCGUCCGCCUCGUUCAACCCUCGCGAGUCCACUCGCUGACAACCCUGGUCCUCGGUGGCGAAGCGCUCCAGAGAGAUAACAUCGAGGCCUGGGCCGGGCACACCAACCUGAUGAAUGGUUACGGGCCUACCGAGACUUGCGUGUUCUGCGUCACCAGAGACAUCCUUCCCACGACCGCUCCAACCGAAGCAAAACUGGGAUUCCCAGUAGGCUCGAUUGGCUGGAUCGCCGACGUAAGCAACCCCGACCAGCUGGCGCCGAUUGGCACUGUAGGUGAGUUGCUGGUCGAGGGACCGACGCUGGCUCGGGGCUAUCUCCACGACGAGCAAAAGACGGCGGCUAGCUUCAUUAUCAACCCCAGCUGGUCUGUGGCUGAUGCCGAUCCCAGCAUUACACGUCGCAUGUACCGCACUGGUGACCUCGUUCGAUACUCUGACGACGGGUCGAUCAACUACGUGGGCCGCGCCGACAGCCAGAUCAAGCUACAUGGCCAGCGCAUGGAGAUUGGCGAAGUCGAAGGCCACCUGCUCGCUGACCCUGCCAUCCACAGUGCGCUUGUCCUGGUUCCCAAGCUCGGGCUGUGUGCCGGCCGACUCGUGGCCGUUGUUUCCCUCGCCGAUGCCCGUGUUCGCGCCGCUGGAUCUCCUCUGGAAUUGGUCGAGACUGUCGAUGCACAUUUAACCCUAAGACCUCGCGAGAGACUCGCACACAACUUGCCUCCCUACAUGGUCCCCACCGUCUGGCUCGUGGUCAAGGACAUUCCGAUGAACGCCUCUGACAAGCUCGAUCGUGCGGCCGUCUCUCGCUGGAUCCACGACCUCGACCAGGACACCUACGAAUCGGCCUUAUCGGUGGGAUCGGAGGAGGCUGAUUUUGCAGCGAAGACAUCAGUGGAGGAGGCCCUCCAGAGCAUCGUAGGGCGCGUCCUCAACCUCUCCCCCAGCCAGGUUCCGCUCAACAAAUCGUUCAUCAGCCUGGGAGGAGACUCGAUUACCGCCAUGCAGGUGCUAUCCAGCUGCAAGGCCGCAGGAAUCUCCGUCCGCAUGGGUGACAUCCUCCAGUCGUCUGGUAUCCACGAGCUCUGCAAGUCUGCUCGUGCCCGCAACACAACGACAAUGGCGGUCUCGGAGGAGGUGGACAAGCCCUUCAGCCUAUCGCCCAUGCAGUCCUUCUUCUUCCAGCUACCGGUGGCCCGGUUAUCCCACUUCAACCAGAGCUUUUUUGUGCGAGUAGCGCAACCAGUUGAUAGGGAUCGCCUAGCAUCCGCCGUGCGAGCUGUCGUGCACCGUCACUCCAUGCUCCGCGCCCGAUUCACCAAGUCCCAAGGGCAAUGGUCGCAGAUGGUCUCUACCGAUAUUGAUGCCUCGUACCGUCUUACGCAUCACGCACCCGUGCGGCCGGAGGCGGUCGAGCCGAUUCUCGCUGCCGCACAGCAAGGGUUCGACCUUGAGCAGGGUCCACUCUUCGCUGUGGACCUCAUUGAGGUGUCUGGACAGGAUCAACCACUGUUGUUCCUCGCGGCGCACCACCUCGUCGUCGAUCUCGUAUCAUGGCGUGUGAUCCUGGCCGACCUCGAGGAGGCUCUGCUGAACGGGCAGAUCACCGCCCCGACGCCGCUCCCCUUCCAGCACUGGGUCAAACUGCAGGCUGAGUAUGCUGCCCAUAACCUAUCGCCCAACCAAAUUAGCCACGGCAUCACUCCUGCGGCCGACUACUCGUACUGGGGCAUGGCCAACACUGCGAACAUCGUGCGGGACACGGUCAAGGAAAGUAUGCUGCUGGACGCGGAGAGCACGUCGAACCUGCUGCACAUGAGCGAUAAUGCGUUCCGGGCAGAGCCUGUGGACGUCCUGAUGGCGGCUAUCCUACACGCUUUCGUUCAAGAAUUCCCCGCUCGCGAUGCCCCUGCCUUGUUCACCGAAGGCCACGGCCGCCAGCCCUGGGACGACGAGAUCGACCUCAGCCGCACCGUCGGGUGGUUCACCACCAUGGCCCCUGUGCAUGUUGCAAAGGGAGAGCUGGCGACAGCCGUCGAGUCCAUUCGCCAAGUCAAAGAGGCUCGCAGUAGGCUGUCGCGCCACGGGUGGUCUUAUUUCACCUCUCGAUUCGCCAACGACGCAGGCAUCGACGCUUUUGCAGCAGACUGGCCGAUGGAGCUCACCUUCAACUACCUGGGCCAGUAUCAGCAGCUGGAGGCCGUCGAUGCAUUCUUCAAGGAUGAACCACGCCGCCAGGUCACUGAGGCGUCUUCAGACAUCGACCUGGACUUCCCUCGCUUCGCGCUCAUCGAGCUGUCCGCCGUGGUGGUCCAGGGCCAUCUGCGGCUGGAUGUCGCCUUCAACCAACGCAUGAAGCACCAGGAUCAGAUUCGCCACUUUGCAUCCAGGUCCAUCCAGGUCCUGAAGGCAAUUGCCGAUGCCCUCCCGCGCUUCAGCCCCAACCCGUCCAUCGGCGACUAUCCACUGCUCUCCCUGACGGAGAACGGGCUGGAGGUCCUCCACGCAUUGAUCCCGCAGUUGGGCCUGAGCUCGAUUGCAGAGAUCGAGGAUGUUUACCCUUGCACGCCGAUGCAGCAAGGUCUGCUGAUCGGCCAACUGCGGAUGAAGGGCUCCUACGAGGUCGAGUUCCUGUUCGAGGUGGAAAGUACGCACGAGCCAACAGUAGACGUCGAGAAACUCCUCGAUGCAUGGCAGCAGGUCGUGCAGAGGCAUGCGAUCCUACGCACCGUGUUUGUGACCGGCCUCGCAGACAACGCCGCAUUCUCGCAGGUCGUGCUUAAGGUGGCGAGCCCGCGAACACAGCGGAUCCAAUGCAGCGAUGACCGGGCGAUGCAUCUCCUGCAGUCAACGCCCAGGAUCGACCAUGAAGAGUUACGUCCUGCACAUCAGCUGCUGCUGAUCGUUGAAGAAGACCGCAAUCGGGUUCUUUGUCGCUUCGAGGUCAACCACGCCCUCAUGGAUGCCGUCUCCAUGGGGGUCGCCUUGCAGGACCUUGGUGCCGCGUAUCGUGGGCUGCUGCCUUCUGGUACAGGGCCCCUAUACUCCGCCUUCGUCAAGCACAUCCACGAGAUGCCCAAGGAGGAGGCCCUCUCGUACUGGACGGGGUACCUUGCCGGAGCACCGCCAUGCAUUCUGCCUUCGCACACGGGCAGCUCUGACGAAGCAAACCAGCUGCACUCGGUCCGAUUCGACGUGUCUCCAGCCUCGACGCGCAGGCUUCGGGCCUUCUGCGAGAGGCACAGCGUCACGAUGCCCAACCUGUUCCAAGCGGUCUGGGGCCUGGUUCUCAGGCUCUUUGUAGCAACCGACGACGUGUGCUUCGGAUACAUGCUCUCCGGUCGCGAAUCACCCAUCGACGGUAUUCACGACGCGGUCGGCCCCUUUGUGAGCAUGAGCGUGUCUCGCUUGCACAUCGCCGCCACCCAGUCAGUUGCAUUCCUCGCCCAGAAAGCCCGCGAUGACUACAGCGCCGCCCUGCAACAUCAGAACUGCUCCCUGGCGGAGGUGCAGCACGCUCUCCGCAAUUCUGGAGAGCGACUGUUCAAUACGAUGAUGUCGGUGCAACGGGCGGCGGCGGAGACGAGCAGCCAGCAUGGUCUGGCCAUCACGCACAUUGGCAACCACGACCCGACAGAGUACGAGAUGGCCGUCAGUGUUUCCCUCUCCGACGAUGCUGCCCAGGUUCAGUUGAACCACUACACGGGCCGGAUCUCUAGCUGGCAAGCGGAAAACGUGGCCGAUACCUUCCACGCCCUCCUCCGUCGGGUUGAAGAGCACGGCGAUCAGUCUAUUGCGGCGUUCAAUGCCCUGAGUCCCCGCAACGAGCUGCAGCUGAAGGAGUGGAAUGCAGAGGUCCCCCGGGCCAGACAAGAAUGUAUCCACAAGCUCGUCGAGGCUCAAGCAGCCAUACAACCGGAGGCCCGGGCAGUUCACGCGUGGGACGCCGCGUUCACCUACGAGCAGCUCGACGAGCUCUCGACACGUCUUUCCCUGUACCUGACCUACAUGGGCGUUGACGCUGGCAGCAUUGUUCCUCUCUGCUUUGAAAAAUCCGCAUGGACAAUCGUCGCGAUGCUCGCAGUGCUGAAAGUCGGCGCAGCCUUUGUGUGUCUUGAUCCAGCGCAUCCCAGCGAGCGCCAUAAGAAGAUCGUCCUCGACAUUGAGUCGUCGCUGAUUCUUGCCUCUGCCGCGCAAACGGAAAGGGCAAGUUCCCUGGCCGACGAUACGAUUACGGUCGAUCGAACAUCCCUCGACUCUCUUCCCCAAGUGAACAAGAAGAUCCUGGAACGCGCCCAUCGCAGCAACCGAUCGCAGCCGUCGCAGCCUGCGGUCAUUAUUUACACCUCUGGAAGUACCGGCGAGCCGAAAGGAGUGGUGCUAAGCCAUUCCAAUCUCGCAACGAGCAUGCAUGCCCACGGGAAAGCUCUGCGAAUCAGCAAAGAGUCACGGAUCCUUCAAUUUGCAGCCUACGUGUUCGACAUCUGCAUCCACGACAUCUUCACCUCGCUCACCCGGGGCGCCUGCAUCUGUGUUCCUUCCGACGACCAGAGAGUGAACGAGCUCGCGCUGGCAAUGCAGCAGAUGGAAGUCAACUACGCCUGCAUUACGCCCACUGUUGCCCGCCUUUUGCAACCAAGUGCUCUGCCGAGUUUGAAGACGCUGGUCCUGGCCGGGGAGGCCAUCACGCAAGAGACCCUCGACGUUUGGGGCAACAGCCACCUCACCAGCUUCCACAACUGCUACGGGCCCGCUGAAUGUACGAUAUUCUGCGCCUGGAAUGGAAACGUCGGCACCGCUGGUAUGUAUCCCGCGAACGUCGGCCGUGGACUGGCCAGUCGUCUCUGGGUUGUCGACCCCGAGAACCAGGACCACCUCAUGCCCAUCGGAUGCAUCGGAGAGCUUGUCGUUGGCGGACCACUUGUGUCCCAGGGAUAUCUGCACGACGAAGCCAAAACCACUCGUGCCUUCAUUACAGACCCUGUUUGGUCUGCGACCCCCGGCGACCGACUGUACAAGACGGGCGACCUCGUUCGCUACAACCAGGACGGAUCGCUCGACUACCUGGGCAGAAAGGACACCCAGGUCAAGAUCCACGGCCAGCGCGUUGAACUAGGUGAGAUUGAAGCACAGAUCAGAGCAGCGUCGCUCUUGAUCCGCGAGGUUUCCGUCGACGCAGUGUCGCCCAGAGAUCGCCCGGCUCCUACUAGGCUGGCUGCCUUUGUGUGCUUUGCAGAGGACGUCGCCGCUCAGGACCAUGCCAACGAAGAUGGAAUUGCUCCCCUGAGCGACAGGCAGCGGGCUAUCGUUGUCGAUGUGCUGGCAGCUCUCUCCCAGGCCCUUCCUCAGCACAUGUUGCCCUCGGCCGUCAUCCCCGUCCGCGAGAUGCCCCUGAAUCUGUCAAGGAAGAUCGACCGUUCCCGUCUCCGACAAAUGGGCUCCUCCCUGUCGCUGGACGAACUCGUGCUCUUCGGUCCUGGUCAAGCGGAGGAGAAGGAGGCACCCACAACCCCCGCCGAGGAGCAGCUGCGCACCUUGUGGGCUGAUGUCCUUGGUCUCCCGGCUGCCUCCAUCGGGAGAACCGACAACUUCUUCCGACUCGGAGGCGAUUCGAUUGAUGCGAUGCGAAUUGUGACUCUCGCCCAACAGGCGGGCUGGGCGAUCAGCGUCAGCACCCUCUUCCGCGGGGGUUCCCUAGCAGAGACCGCAGUCGACAUGCAGACCACCAGUGGGGAAGCUGACCCUCUCAGCCCUGAGCCAUUCUCGCUUCUUCCCCGCGCGGCUCCGGUCUCGACUCUGCGACAGGAGGCUGCGGCACAGUGCAAUGUGCGUCGCGAACAAGUACAAGACCUGUACCAGGCGACCCCUCUGCAGGAGGGCCUCGUGGCGCUCUCUCAGACCCAGCCGGGUGCCUACAUCCAUCAGAACGUUUUUGUGCUGCCGCCAUCGCUGGAUCUUCCACGCUUCCAAUCGGCUUGGGAUGUGGUUGUCAACACCACUGAGAUUCUGCGCACGAGGCUUAUCUACUCUGCGGAUGGGACUACGCUGCAGGUGGUGCUCGACGAACCCCCGUGCUGGAACCACGACGGCGAUCUGGACGCGUACCUCUCCCGGGAUCGAGAACAGUCAAUCGGGUACGGCCAGCCCCUGUCGCGAUACGCCAUCAUCGACAACGCUCAAACUCGCCACUUUGUGUGGACAGCCCACCACGCCGUGUACGACGGCUGGAGCGUGGCCCUGAUCCUCAACCGGCUCACCACGGCAUACGAGUCGCAGACGGUCGAUCCAUCACCGGCGUUUGCUGGGUUCAUUGCGUACCGCCAGGACCUCAAGCCAGAGCAGCAAGAGGCGUACUGGAGGGCUCAGCUUGACGGGUGUGCUCCGCCCAACUUCCCACCUCAGGGUACGCGGUCCGCCGAAGAGGAGCAACAGCAUCGCGUCUUCACACAGACGCUCCCCUUCACCCAGCGCAAAGGCUCCCGGUCGACUGCCUCGUCGCUCAUCCGUGCCGCGUGGGCUCUCCUUGUUGCACGCUACUCUGGCGCAGACGAGGCCACCUUCGGCUCAACACUGACCGGGCGAAACAUCCCUGUGGCUGGAAUUGCAGGCAUGGUCGGGCCUACCAUCGCAACCGUGCCCGUCCGCGUGCAAUUGCGACAAGACGAGUCGCUGCAGGCUCUGCUCUCGCGCAUCCAGGAACAGACAACCGAGAUGAUCGGCUUCGAACAGAUGGGACUGCAGAACAUCCGACAGCUCUCGCCUGGAGCAGAGCAGGCCUGCAGCUUCCGGAACUUGCUCGUCAUCCAGCCUGGCUCCGACGCAGAGGGGCCGGCACUUCCUCUGGGCCUGGAACGCUGCGACCGCGCUUCAUCCGGCUUCCACACCCUCGACCUCGUCCUGGACGUCACCACGCACACCGAUCGUCUUGAGAUCCAGGUGGAGUACGAUGCAGGGCUGCUGGCUGACAAGCAGAUGCGGCGUAUCCUGCACCAGUUCGGCCACCUGCUGCAGCAGCUCAACUCGCUCCCUCUCGACCGGCCCGUCUCCAGCCUCAGCCUUGCCAGCCCCGAGGACGAGGCCGAAAUCCGUGCGUGGAACUCCCGCCGCCUGCGGGCGGACCGCAGGCUCGUCCAGGAGAACUUUGAGAACGAGGCCCUCCUGCACCCUGCCCGACCGGCAGUCUAUGGAUGGGACCGAUCUUUCACAUACGGCGAACUCGAUUCCGCAGCUGAGGCUCUAAGCCAACACCUUGUCUCGCUAGGUGCUGGUCGUGGAUCCUUUGUCCCGGUCUGCUUCGAGAAGUCGGCCUGGACGAUUGUCGCCAUGCUGGCCAUCUUGAAGGCUGGUGCAACCGUUGUGGCACUGGAUGCCUCGCACCCGACUAGUCGACAUAGCCUGAUCAUUAGUGACGUCUGUGCCACGCUCAUAUUGGUUGGCGAACGGCAGCAACAUUUGUUCUCGGAGCACACCGUGCACGUUCUCGUUGUCAACGCCGCCGUUCUCGAGAGCCUUCCGAGCGCUCAACACCUCCCUACAGAAGAGCCCAGCGCUUCGGAUAUUGCCUUUGUGAUCUACACAUCGGGCAGCACGGGAGUCCCCAAGGGGGUCCUCCUGAGCCAUUCGGCAGUGUCGACCAGCAUGGGCGCUCAUGGCUCCGCCUUGAACAUCGGCUCGUCCUCCCGGGUGCUGCAGUUCGCUUCAUACGUGUUUGACAUUAGUCUUCAAGAGGUGUUCACAUCCUUGAACCGUGGCGCCUGCGUGUGCGUACCUUCGGAAGAGCAGCGAGUCAAUGAUCUAGAAGGCUUCAUCCGCGAGGCACAGGUCAACUGGGCGUGCCUGACGCCAACCAUCGCCUCCAUCCUGUCACCAACAGCCGUUCCCACUUUGCAGACCCUCACACUCGCUGGCGAGGCCGUGACUCAGAAAGCAGUGGACGUUUGGCGGGACCAUGUGCAGAGCUUCAAUAAUUGCUACGGCCCUGCGGAAUGCACCAUCUACUGCUCGUGGAACGGCUCCCUUGGAGAGCACGGGACAAAGCCCUUCAAUAUUGGCCGAGGCCUGGCCAGCCACCUGUGGGUGGUGGAACCGCAGGACCACGAUAAGCUCACCCCUGUAGGUUGUGCCGGUGAGCUGCUGAUCGAAGGCCCGCUGGUCACUCUGGGCUACCUCAACGACGAAGAGAAAACUCGAGAGUCCUUCAUUGAGGAUCCCCGCUGGGCCCUGAUAAACGACAAACGGACCGGACGUCGCUUCUACAAGACCGGCGACCUAGUGCACUACACGUCUGCGGGCUCGCUUGACUACCUGGGACGGAAAGACCACCAGCUCAAGAUCCAUGGCCAGCGCGCUGAAAUUGGAGAAAUCGAACACCAGCUCCUCCGCGGCGGCGAAUUCGAGCAUGGGCUGGUCCUGCUGCCUGAAUCGGGCGCUGCUCGCCAACGCCUCGUCGCAGUGGUGUCUCUCGCAGCCGCCAGCCCUGGCUAUGAGCGCAUGCAGCUCGUUGCCGGUCCAGACGUGGCCCAUGCUAAAUCACAACUGCGUCGCCUUCGCUCUCGCUUAGUCGGGGAUCUUCCGUCGUACAUGAACCCCUCUGUCUGGUUCAUCGUCAGCAGCAUUGCCCUCAACAUCUCGCGCAAGGUGAACCGCAAGCUGGUGUCUCGCUGGGUGGAAGCGAUGAGCGAGGAUUCUCUACAAGAAGCGAACACACUGGCUGCAGAUGACGAAGGAACCAUCGUUGCCUGCAGUAGCAACGAGGCACAACUCCAACAGCUCGUGGCCCAGGUCUUGAACCGCAGCCCCGAGCAGAUCCUCCUCAACCGAUCCUUUGUCAGUCUCGGGGGUGACUCCAUCACCGCCAUGCAGCUCGUCGCGAGAGCUCGAGCAGUACAAGUCCAGCUUACCGUUCGCGAUAUCCUCAAGUCCCCCGAUAUCACCCGGCUGGCAACCCUCGUGCAGACGACCGAGGGCCCUGUCUCGCUCGCCGAGGAGACACCGGACGUGCAAUUCGCCCUCACCCCAGUCCAGCACAUGUACUUUGAGAUGUCCGGCCAGCAGGCCACGCAUUUCAACCAGAGCUUCUUCCUCCGCAUCACACACCCGGUGCGUCCCAACCAGGUCGCCGAUGCCAUCUACCAGCUCGUUGCUCGCCACUCCAUGCUCCGAGCCCGGUUCCACAAGAUCGAGGACCACAGCACAUUUACCCAGCUGAUUUGCAGCGAGAUAGAGGGUUCCUACCGCUAUCGCCGCCACGAGCAGCUCGACCGCCCAGCGAUGGCUGCGGUGAUGGCUGCCAGUGAACGCACCCUCGACAUCACUUCCGGCCCGGUGUUCAGCACCGACUACUUCGAUUCUCCCGGGGAGCAGCUCAUUUUCUUGGCUGCUCACCACUUGGUCGUCGAUCUGGUGUCCUGGCGGAUCCUCAUGCAGGAGCUGGAAGAGUAUCUGCAGUCUGGCCGUUUGGCAGACAGUCAACCCUCAGUAUCCUUCCAGUCCUGGUCCAGCCUGCAGGCCCAGUACGCUCACGAGAACCUCUCAAUCGAGUCCGUCCUUCCGUACGAGGUCCCCGCCGCCAAUUACCAGUACUGGGGUCUUUCCAGCGCGGAGAAUAACUAUGGCACUGCAGCGAGACAGAGCUUCACCUUAUCCGCAGAGCACACCUCGGCGCUGUUGGGCGCCGCCAACCAGGCAUACAACACCGAUGCGGUGGACCUCUUCCUCGCGGCCCUCGUGUAUUCUUUCGGGCAAACCUUCCGCAACCGCGAAACCCCCUCCGUCUUUCUGGAGGGACAUGGAAGGGAGCCCAUGGACGCCUCCAUCAACCUGUCCAGCACGGUGGGCUGGUUCACCACCAUGGCUCCCGUUCACCUGUCUGCAGCCGACUCCAGCGAUAUUGUCGAGACGGUGCGGCGGCUCAAGGACCGCAGACGCCACUUGGUAAGCAAUGGGUGGCAGUAUUUCACGGCGCGCUAUCUCGCCAGUGGACCUGGCACCGGCAACGCCUUCCCGGAUCACUUGCCAAUGGAGAUUCUCUUCAACUACAUGGGUCAAUACCAGCAGCUCGAGCGCACGGAUGCCUUGUUGCGCGAGGAGCCCCGAACCGACCUGCCCGGGGUGGAAGAUAUCGCUGGCCCUGUCACCCGCCUCGCUUUCUUCGAAGUGUCGGCGGUGAUCAUCCAUGGCAUCGCCCGGUUCGACUUCACCUUUAGCGACCAGAUGCGCCACCAGACCGAGAUUAGCCACUGGAUCGAGUCCUUCCAGGAGAGUCUUACCGAGGCCGCCACCGUCCUGCCCGUCAUGAGCCCCGAGAAAACGCUCAGUGACUUCCCGUUGAUGUCACUCACCUACAGUAGCCUUGAUCGGCUGCGCAAGGGGACGCUGGCCGACGCUGGCCUGCUCGAUCUCGGCGCCGUCGAGGAACUCUAUCCCUGCUCUCCGAUGCAGCAAGGCCUGCUUCUCAGCCAAAGCAAGGCCGACGGGGUUUACCAGCUGCGCUUCACCUUCGAGGUCAGCAGCAAGCAGACAACCGUAACUGCGCAGAGACUCUUCGACGCCUGGCAGCAGGUUGUGGACCAGCAGCCCAUCCUGCGAACCUUCUUCAUCGAUGCCGUCUCCCCCAACGCCCUGUUCGACCAGGUGGUGUUGAGUAACCUCGUCGCCCGCACACAUCUCAGGAAGUGCACAGACAAAGACCUCGGGGGGCUGUUUGAUACACCGCAGCCGCGCGAUGACGAUAACAAACUGCAGCCGCCGCACCGACUGGUGAUAUUCGAAACGGAAACGCGCCUUGUCUGCUCCUGGGAGAUGAGCCACGCCAUUGUCGAUGCGUUCUCGCUCGGGAUGAUCCUGGGGCAGGUCACCGAAGCCUAUCAGGGCCCACUGCAAGCACCCCCCGCUCGGUUCAGCGACUACAUCCGGCACAUCCAGGCCAAGGACCUCGGAUCCGAUCUUGAGUACUGGAAAACAUACCUGAACAGCGUGGAGCCCUGCCAUCUACCUCUGGACGGGGCAGCCGGACACCGAGCCCACCUGCGGUCGCAAACCGUCGACCUGAACGUUGAGCCCUCGGCCCUGCACGCCUUCUGCCAGGCCCACGGCGUCACCAUCGCCAACCUCUUCCAGACCGCGUGGGCGCUGGUUCUCAACGCCGUCACCGGCUCGGAAGAUGUCUGCUUUGGCUAUCUCGCAACGGGGCGCGAGGCACUCGACCCAGCGCUAAGCGAGGUGCUGGGCCCGCUCAUCAACAUGCUGGUGUGCCGCGUCGUUGCAGCACCGGCAAAGCAACUGCGUCAGCUGGUGCAGGAGGUGCAGAGCAACUACGUGACGAGUCUCGGCCACCAAGACUGCUCCUUGGCCCAGAUCCAGCACGCCCUGAAACUGUCGGGCACGCCUCUCUUCAACACGAUGAUGUCUAUCCAACCAACCGGCGCGCCCAGCGGCGACGCAGACUCCCUCCUUCGCUUCCGCAGCAUCGACUCGCAGGAUCCGACCGAGUACGAUGUCGCCGUCAACGUCGGCUUCUCUGCGACUGAAAUCAACAUCACCCUCAACUACUGGGCCCCUGCGCUCUCCGACUGGCAGGCGACCAACGUCUGCCACACCCUCGACGCCGUGCUCCGCGCCAUUGUCGCCGAUCCAUCCCAGCUCGCCGGCUCUAUGGAUCUGUUCACUGAUUGCCACUCCGCCCACCUGGCUGCAAUGAUCGCGUCGCAAACCAGUCCCCAGCCCGUGGAAUCGACCAUUCCCGCCAUGUUCGCCGAUCAGGUCGCCCUGCAUCCCUCCGCUCCGGCCAUCUGCGCCUGGGACGGCAACCUCACCUUCCGCCAUCUCGAUACCGUCUCCGACCAGAUCGCCGAGCUGCUUGUCUCUCGCGGUGUUGCUCCAGAAGUCAUGGUUCCGACCUGCUUCGACAAAUCCGUCUGGUACACCGUUGCAGCGCUGAGUGUUAUGAAGGCUGGCGGCGCAUGGGUCGCUCUCGAUCCUUCGCAUCCGCCAGCGCGUCACGAAGCGAUCCUCCAGGAUACAAGCGCAACGGUCGUGUUGACCUCGUCUUCUUACCGCGAUCGGUUUGCUGCUCACGCUGCGCAUGUCAUCUGCCUCGAUCAAGCGCUCGUCGACUCGCUGCCACCGCCAGGAAGCCUCCCAUCGUCCCUUCCUUGUGCCCAGCCCAGCCACCUUGCCUACGUAGUCUUUACCUCUGGCAGCACGGGCACGCCCAAGGGGAUCAUGGUGGAACAUGGCAGCGUCUGCAGCAGUAUGGUCGCCCACGGUGCCGUCCUCAAGAUUGGCCCUGGAGACCGCGUGUUCCAGUUUUCCGCCCAUGUCUUCGACCUCAGCAUCCAAGAAAUCUUCACCUCGCUCAUCCACGGCGCCUGCGUGUGCGUCCCCUCCGACUCCCAGCGCGUCAACGACCUGCCGGGCGCAAUGCGGCAGCUCGACGUGACUGCUGCGACACUGACUCCGACCGUGUGCUCGACCUUCAAACCGGCCGACGUCCCCUCGCUCCGGCUCUUGAUCUUCGGCGGCGAGGCCGGCAACCAAAAGGCACACGAUCUGUGGCGGGGGAUCCCCAUGCUCGCCAACUGCUACGGCCCCGCCGAAGCGACAAUCUACUGCGUCUGCAAUACCGAGCUGUCGACCUCCAGUCAUGCAGUCACCAAUAUCGGCAUGCCGACAGGGUGCAGGCCGUGGGUCGUGCAUCCGACCGACCACCAUCGUCUCGUCCCGGUCGGAUGUGUUGGAGAACUGGUCAUCGAAGGCCCUCUCAUCUCUCGAGGGUAUCUGAAUGAUCUGGCCAAGACGAACGCGGUCUUUGUCCAGGAUCUCGCGUGGGCCAACGCUCAAAGAUCCUCCUCCUCCUCCUCCUCCUCCUCCUCCACGCCCCGACGCUUCUACAAGACGGGGGAUCUGGUGCACUACCACGCCGACGGCACCCUCCAGUAUCUCGGCCGUAAGGACUCGCAGGUCAAAGUGCACGGCCACCGCAUCGAGCUGGGCGAGGUCGAAACCCACAUCAAGUCGCUGAUCCCGAAUGUCUCCCAAGUCGCCGUCGAGCGGGUGCAGCCGCCGGGCCGGGCCGAUCGCACGCUAGCAGCCUUUAUCUGCUUCUCGGAGACCAUUUCCGUCGCUCAAGAGUCGUCCGACGAGCUGCUGCUCCGCAUGACCGACAGCAUGCGCUCGACCCUUGCAUCGCACCUCGAGGCCCUGGUGCAUGCGAUGCCCGCCUACAUGAUCCCCACCCUCUUCGUGCCCCUGCGCCACCUGCCGCUCAACCUCUCCGCAAAGGCCGACCGCAGCAAGCUCCGCCGCCUGCUGGACCACGCCUCUGUCGAAGCCCUACAGACCUACCGCCUCGCCUCCGAAUCCCCCAAGCAGCCGCCGUCUUCUCCACUCGAGUCCCGCCUCCACACUCUGUGGAGCCAAGUGCUCGACCUCCCCACCCACGCGAUCGGCGUCACAGAUCCCUUUGUGCAGCUCGGCGGUGACUCCAUCACGGCCAUGUACCUGGUCAGUGCCGCACGCGAAGCUGGCCUGGCCUUUUCCGUCGCCGAGCUGUUCCAGGCGCAGACCAUUUCCCAGGUCGCCAGGAUCGCCGAAUACAUCAGCGAGGACGACAGAACGUCCGGCAGCGACUCGGUCGAGCCGUUCACCCUCAUCGACGAUGGCAAUAUCUCGCUGGAUUCGUUGUUGGAUGAGGUGACGGCGCAGUUUGACUUUGAGUGAUUCCUUUCCUUGUCUUUUUUUUUCUUUCUUCGCCGAGCUACACUUGUUUCUUUUCUAUGACUGACUAGUCCACUAUCUCGUUCGCUCCCUGGUUAUUAUUUCCUAUGUCUGUUGUUUGCCCUUGUUUUGAUCUACAAAAAAAGGUAAAGCAAAAAAAAAAAUAAAAAAAAAAAAUAAAAAUAAAAAACAAAGAAAGAAAAAAAAAAAAUAAAAAUAAAAAACAAAGAAAGAAAAAAAAAAAAAAAAAAGGAAAAAAAAAAAAAAAAAGGGACAAAAUAUAAAAU